ACUUCGUGUUGAAGCAAAAAAAAGAGAAGAAGAAGACACUUCCGCUGAGGGGAAGGAUAGGCGCACUGCGCAGGUGUUCUGACUACAGCUCGCCUUUAUAUGUACACCAACCGCUUUAUUAAAACGGUUAAUGAUACUUCUCCGUUAUAUUUUAGCGAACUAGACUUAUAUUACACACUGUUUUCACUCCCGUGGAGUUGACUUAGUGGUAAAAAAAUAAUUUGUAUUAAAAAAAAAAAAACAACGGCGGCGCUGUUAAGCUAACAAGCACUAGCGCCACCAAGCAGCCACGCCAAGAUGGAGGGAUCUGCUUCCUCGACCAGCGUAGAGGACGGAGCUGAAAACAAACGCCACGCUGACGAAGGGACACUUGAAGAGAACGCCGGUCCAUCGACUGAAGAAACCGCUGACAGGAGUGGGGUUUUCUGCUGUCAGCAUUGUGGAGAAGGCUUCAGAGAGGAGGCAGCCUUCUUGAAGCAUCUGCGUGAGCAUCCACAAGAAAGCAUGUGUUUGGACAAGCACAUGGAUGAGCUACAUGAUGCAGAAAAGGACAAUGAAGCGAUUCACUUUUGUUCUUUAUGUUCAACCUCAUUUAUUGACCUGAGUGAAUACCACUUGCAUAUGGAGAAGAACCACGAUCAGAUCUCUCAAAAGGAGACUGGUAUCCGGAUUAAUGCUGGCUUAGCAAAACAACACACUUAUGAAUGUCAGGACUGUGGGAAAUCUUAUGGUGUGAUUGGACACUUUCUCAACCAUCAGCGCUCACACAGACAACCCUCCAAAUCAGUUUUUCAUGACCUUCAGCAUUUGAAAAAGAAGUCCUUUCAGUGCGAGUCUUGUGGGAGAAAUUAUUCUCGUGCUUCAGCUCUUGAUGCCCAUCGUCGUUGUCAUGAGGAAAAGUUGAUUAAGCCCAGAAACAGGAGUUCAGGAGAUGCAAUUCCAGCUGGGGAGUCAUUAGCAGAAACAAAGACAGGUGAAAGUCAAACAGAGGAUUAUUCUGAAAAGGUAUUUACAUGCUCAUGUGGGAAAGCUUUUUCUGCCCUGAUGCGACUUAAGACUCAUCAGAGAUUUAGCCGCAACAGUCAGUGUUCUCCUGAAGAAAUGAAACAAAAGCCAAAGAAGAACUGCAACGAGUUUUACUGCAGCGAGUGUAAAAAGGGUUUCAGUGGCCAUAUUGCUCUCUUUAACCAUCAGCGAUGGCAUGCCAAUCAUGCUGAUAAUUCUGCAAAAAGGUUCCCAUGUGAGGAAUGUGGAAAAGUGUUUAUGACUCUUACGUUCUACUACAGGCAUCAGCGCACUGCGCACAGUGACGAGACCCCAGCAAAGUCAUUUCACCAUCAGCUGUGCCAGCUACAGAAGAAGGCAUUUGAAUGUAAAGAUUGCGGGCUAAAGUUCUCCAGGUCUUCAGCACUUCAUUCUCAUCAGCUUCAUCACACAGAUGUUUUUAGAGAAACUGAGAAGGAGGCCCAGAUGUGUUCCUCUCUACCUCAAGACCAAAUGGCAGAAAGCGGAAGAGCAGAGAUUGACUUGGAAACGUCUACAGAAGGAAAAGUGCAGCUGGACAGUUUGCCUCCGACCAACAUGACUGAAGAGUUGUACGUAGUUGAGAUUGAUGAAGACAUGGAAAGUUAUGAACCCGGUGACUUUAACGUACAGGUUAUCAGUGCAAGUGAGUCUGAGGAUGAGCCACCCCAAGAUCUGAAUCCUGACCUGGAGCUGGUGUGUGAAUCCGAUCAGGAGGGAAGAGAUGACGGUGAUAUUGUUUCCAAACCAGAAAUGGACUUGAAAAUUGUACAAAUUGACUUUGACCAGGCUGACGAGCCGAUUGCACUGAUAGCGAGGGAAGCUGAGAAUAAAUCAGCAGAAGACAGGUUUGAUUGUCCAGAGUGUUAUCGCUGGUUUUCUAGUUCUUCAUCGCUGCGUGUUCACAGAAUGUGGCAUGGCGUUCAUAAGAGAAGACAGCAGGCACAAGGUCAGUCACCACCUCUUUACGCAUGUGACUCUUGUGGUCAUGAAGCAAGUAGCUUUGAGGCACACUGCCAUCACAUACAGACCCACGGUGGUCAGAAGCCAAGCAGCGAUGCAUUUCAGGAGGAGGAGGGAUUCGAGAAGAACAAUCUGACAUGCAGUGAAUGUGGCAAAGUUUUCUCUCGUUUGUCUGCCUUGGUCUCUCAUCAGUUGCAUCAUCCCAAAAGAAAACAGUUCCAGUGCCCAGAUUGCACAAUGUCUUAUUUGCAUGCAGCUAGCCUGUUUAACCAUAUGAAAACCUGCUCUGCACAAAAAAAGGAAAAUAUUUCAGUCAGUAAGAAAGAAUACAAUCCAAAGAAAACCCUACUGGGCCCGAAGAUCUAUCAUUGUGAGCAGUGUGGAAAGGGUUUUUGGUCUUUAGGGGCUUUCUCACACCACAAGCAAAAUCCGACAGAGUGUGCAGAUUUGAGGCUGAGAAAAGGUGUGCCGGGAUCCUCUGUUAACGGACACCAACGCUCUAGCAUGAAGGUUGCAUGUCCGGUGUGUGGCAGAAAAUUUCGGCACAGAGGCAUCAUGACAUUGCACAUGCGAAAGCAUGAAAAUGGAAAUCACAAAUGCGAACUCUGCAACAGGUCAUUCCGCCUUUUUUCCAGCCUCCUUAGACACCAGGUGGUGCAUAAUGACCAGUUGCUCCCACCACCCAUCAAGUCUUUUCAGCAUCAAGUUGAACAGCUGAAAAAGAACACCUACAGCUGUCCUGACUGCGGGAAGUUGUUUUCACGGGCCAAAGCACUGCAGUUUCAUAUGAAAAGCCAUGGUUAUGAGAGUGGGCAUUCUCCAUCAUCAUCGUGGUCCAGAGUCACACUGGAGGAUCUACAGUGCACUACGUGCCUUGCACAUUUCAACAGCAAGGUGUCUUUAAGGGCUCAUCAGAAACUGUGCAUUAAAAGAGACAAUCAGGUUGUUGCAAAUACAGAAAACGAUGAUGCUCUAAGAUUGUGCGAAGGCAGCAUGGAUGCUAGCACACGUGAAAGCUCUGACCAGUCAAAGGUACAUACACCACUAAAGAGUGAAAUGGAUGGCAUGGAACCAGAGAUGGAAAAUGACACAGGUGAAGGAGAACUGGCAAACCCACCUGCAUCCAAUAUGAAAUACAAAUGCAAAAAAUGUGACAGAAGCUUUUCAGUGGUUGGGGCUUUAAAUUUUCACAAAAGAAUUCAUGCUGAGGGCUACAGGUCUUUACCAAAAUCCAAACUGGCCAUUUCUACAAUAUUAAAAAAACCUAAACAAGAAGAGCAGGGUAAAGGACUGUUUCACUGCUCUGAGUGUGGGAGGCGGUUCAUGUCUAACUCAGCCCUGGGCUCCCACAAACGAUGGCACAAAGAAAAGAAAUCUUCGCGGCCCCUGCUAAAAGAUGAUGAUUUGAAAUCUCUUAACCACAAAACUGUAGAUGGAACUUUUCAGUGCAAAAACUGUGGCAAACAGUUUUUUAACCACCGCGUUCUGCAGCGCCACCAGAUGUUUAAUCCACCGUGUCAAAGCAAAGCUGUACCAGAGCCAGAUUUGAGCAGCAGCGAACCAGGCAAGGCAUUUGUGCAAGAUUCACUUCUAGCCAAGAACAGUAAAACUUUAGAGACUGUAGCUCAUCAGGGAAACGAGGCGUUUGACCAGGCUCCAGAACAAGUCAAAAGAAAUUGCAGUGAGAGUGAAGCCAUAUUACUGGCACUGAAGCCAAAACCUCACCAGUGUCCCCUCUGCUCAAUGACCUUUACUAAAGCAAGAGGACUGCGUGCUCACAAAUGGCAGGCCCACGCAAAGAGCACAAAAGGCAAACGCAAAGCUGCUUUGAGUAUAAAAAAAGAACCUGUUGCCUCAAGUAGUGAGAUGAGGCAAACGGAAGAUUCAUCAGCAGUAGAAAACACCAGUGUGAUGUUAAAAAGUAGCACCGUUGACAGAGAGGGGAUGAAAAUCACAUUGGAUUCUCCUGUGAAAUUGUGUCAGGACUCCAGGGAGUGGGGCAUUUCUGAAGGCGCCCCCAACUUUAAGAGAGUUUACCUGGAUGUGAAGCAGGAGUCGAAACUGGAUAAUCAAACUCCUAAAGCUGCAGCUGAGGUUCCUCCACAAGUCAGCUGUGUAUUGGAGAACACAGCCAAAUGCUUCUUCAAGUGUGAUAAGUGUGGGAAAGCUUUCCAAACAGAGGAACAAUUAGAGGCCCAUAAGGCAAAGGCACAGAGUCGGCCUUACUCCUGUGCUCUGUGCUGCCAAGGCUUUUGGACUGAGAAUCAGCUACAUCAGCAUCUUGCUUGGCACGACGAAGUCCGCUGCCGUCUGCCGAAUGAGGUACGCUAUAGACUCAGUGCUGCUAUGACCUCAAAGCCUCUAAAACCCAACUCCCCUGCUGCUGACAACAGAGGAAAGUUUUUCCCAUCUUCUAAAGUGAUUCGACCUACGCUCAACUCAGCGGGCCAGUCACAAAGUAGCCAUAAGUGCCAACACUGUGGCAAAGCCUUUCUUUCACCGACUGCAUUACAGAAACACAAAACGGAGCAGUGCAGCAGCAGUGACUCAUACCAUUGCUCCGUUUGCCCCAGGACCUUCCGUGAAAUCCAAGACCUCAUCGAGCAUCACCAGGAAUGUAUCAGCGAUUACAAAAGACAAAGCGACGCUCCUGCUGCUGUCUCUGCAGGAGAUUCCAAUGGCCUUACCUGCCUUGAAUGUGGAACUACUUUUUGUCAAGAAACGGAUUUGCACCAGCAUUAUAUUGAACACACCCACAGAGUGAAUUAAAGCAAAGAAACCUGAAAAGAACUGAAAUAAUGACUCUGUACAUAGAUGUUGGCUUUUUUUGAAACUUCCAAAAAUGUUUCUUAGAAAAUUUCUUUUUUGCACCUUUUACUUUGGCUAAAUAGUUCCUAAUUUGUUUGUAUAGUAUUUGAGAUUCGUUGUACUUAAACAUGUAACACUGGACUAGUUUAUGCUGAGCAGCCAUAGCAUUAAAACCACUGGCAGUUAAAAUCGGUAACAAAGAUCACUCUAUUACGUUAUUAAGUUGAUAUUAGUCCUAUUUUGACCUGCACCACAAAUCAAAACGGUGUUUAAGACCAAGCAACCAGACGGGACCAGAAAGAGCUGCACUGUGCAAGAGGUGGCUUUAAUGAUCUGGCUGGUGGAGGUACAAAUGUGAAAAUAUACAGUGUUGUUUUUGUUUUGUUUUGUUUUCUGGGGGGGCACUGAUGUCAUAGAUCUCAUAGAUUUUUUUGCUGUUUUAAAUUGACCUGUCGUGAAUGUAAAUUGAACUUGAUUAAUUUCUUUGGGGACCACUCUCUUUCAUUUUUGGAUAAAUUUACGCAUGUAAAUUGCCCAGAGAAAUGAAAAGUGCUGUUGACACACUACUUGCAAAGUGUUGAAAGACAUGCUAAACAAUGUUGCACCACACGUAUGUGCUAAUUUUGCUGCUGUUUUUGUUAAGAACUGAUGUUUUGUUGAAGGAUGAAUGACGUUUUGCAUAUUUUACAGAAAGAUAAAGAGACCUGAAAUUCAGCAAUGCGUACUCUUUACAUAACCUGGUAGGAAAAACAAAAUUCCUGUCUAACAUCACUUGGUCACUUCCAUUAUUAUAAACUAUACUACGUUCAGGCCAUUGGAUGCUUUGUACAAUGCAUUACGCGUUAACUGAUUUAUAAGCUCCUCUGUUGAAUCUUUAUAGUGUUAUUUCUAUUGUGUGAUAAAAUAUUCAUUACUUAAAGUAGCAUUUAUGUUCUUGUAGUAUAGUUCUAAGUAGGCAAAGGCUACUUUGUUAUAUUUAUUUGGGUUUUUUUCCUAGAAGUCAAAGAAGUUGAAAAUAAACUAACUUGUUUUUGCCAUGAUUAA